AUGUCUUGCCCUUCCCCCACUGCUAUCGUUUUGAUUGACCCGUACAACGAUUUUCUCCAUCCCGAAGGAAAAUUGACAUCCGCUCUAACAGACCUGGAGGAGAAACAAACAAUCCAGCAUAUCAAGGAGGUUGUUGCGGCGGCUCGCCUCCACCAUAUUCCUAUUUUCUAUGGUCUGCAUCAACAAUGGACCCCAAACCACUAUCAUGGAUGGCGCCAUAUGACUACCAGCCAUGUACGACAGCAAAAAGUACGCCUCUUCGAAGAGGGCAGCUUUGGUGCUCAAAUUUACGAGGGUCUUGAGCCGGACUUCACGAACGGCGAUGUGCUUGUGAGCCGUCAUUGGUGCAGCGAUUCCUUCUCGAACACCGAUUUGGACUUCCAGUUGCGUCAACGUGAGGUCAAAAACCUCGUCUUUGCAGGGUUAACUGCCAAUACCUGUCUGGAGGCCACCGCACGCCACGCGUACGAGCUUGGUUAUCAAGUUACGAUGCUAGGCAAUGCUACUGCUGGAUGGUCUAAAGAGCUUACUGAUGCUGCGACGGAAUUGAUUUGGCCACUGUUUUCACAGGUCCAGACAUCGAAGGAGUGGGUGGACAGCCUUGACGCAAAGCAUCUGUGA